AUGAGUGGGCGCCCAGUAUACGAAAACUCCUCAACUUACAAAGCAAGGACUAAGAAAUGGCAUGAUCAAAGGAUUCGUGAGCCUAAGGAAUUUCAGGUUGGGGAUCGAGUGUUGCUUUACAACUCUCGCCUUCGCUCUGCUUCCCGGAAAGCUAUGCACUCGCUGGUCCGGACCAUUUCGGAUCGGACAAGUCUUUCCAUAUGGAGUGGUAGAGUUGCAUCAUCCGGAGAAGGGAACUUCAAAGUGAACGGCCAUCGGCUAAAGCGAUAUCAUUGUAACUCGUUGGAUAGUGAGCAACGAGUUGACUGGCUUUGUAUGCACAGAAGGGUGAUCCGAAUGAGUCACGCUUAA